CGCCGCGCUGAUGACUCAUCAGUCGCCGGGAAGACGCCUCGAAAAAAGGGCCCCAACUGCGCCCUCAGCCAAGCCCAGCGCGCCCCAAACCCCCCAAAACGGCGCCGCCCGGCUGGUUUUGGGCUGUCAGCAGCUGUCCGGCGCUGGGCAUGGAGCGUGUGCGGGGAGCUGGGGCCGUGCUGGCGGUGCUGGUGGUGCUGGGAGCCCCCCCAGCUGUGGGCGAGGAGCUGUCGGGGGUGUUCCAGUGGAUGGGAAAACAGGAGUGUCAUUUCAUCAACAGCACCGAGGAGGUGAGGUUCCUGGAGAGGCACUUCUACAACCGGGAGCAGCUCCUGCAUUUUGACAGUGAUGUGGGGGUCUAUGUGGGGGACACCCCAUUUGGGGAGAUCCAGGCCAGAGACUACAACAGCCACCGUGAAUAUCUGAAGUACAAACGGGGUCAGGUGGACACGUACUGCCGGUCCAACUACAAACUUGGUACCCCGUUCAGCGUGGAGAGGAGAGUGCCCCCCAGCGUGUCCAUCUCGCUGGUGUUGUCGAGCUCCCAGCCCGGCCCCGGCCGCCUGCUCUGCUCCGUGAUGGAUUUCUACCCUGCACCGGUGCAGGUGAGGUGGUUCCAGGAUGGGCAGGAGCUGCCGGAGCACGUGGUGGCCACCGACGUGGUCCCCAACGGGGACUGGAGCUGCCAGGUGCUGGUGAUGCUGGAAAUCCCCCCCCGGCGCGGGGUCACCUACAGCUGCCAGAGAUGCCACCGGACACCGUCCGCAGCAAGAUCCUGGUGGGCGUCGGGGGCUUCGUCUUGGGCUUGGUCUUCCUGGCGCUGGGGCUCGGCUUCUACCUGUGGGAGAAGAGCUCCUGAGCCGACGGCGGCCGCAGCCCCUCCCCGUGGCCUCGGGCCCAGCCGGGACCCCCCAGUCCAUCCCCACGAUGAGUUUGGGGGGUCGUGUGUCCCCCCAAGACCUGCUUUUAUUCUGACCUCAGACGGCUGUUCCCAGUGUUCCCAGUAAAGCUUCCCAGUUCUCCCCAGUCCCUGUUUUUGGGGGGCAGUGAGGGCAGGGGGGAGGGGAUCCCUGUCAUAGCUUUACUUCUUCUAAAAAACCAAGCAGGAAUUUUUCUUUGCCCUGCCCCACUGGAAAAGAAAGAUGUUCAGUGGGGGAGGGGGCUUUGCCUUGGGUGACUCACACCCACAAAAGAACUGGCCCAGCCCACAUUGCAGGUUGGGAGCCCUCAGAAGGCUCUGGGGGGGUGGAGUUUUUUGCUUUCUCCUGGGCAAAGGGCAAGGCCCUUC